UGCAAGUAGAAAGUCACUGAAUGAGCAGCAGGGUUUUUACUCUCCGGCAGUACUAUUGAACGAUGAGGAAGAAGAAUAUAUCCCUAAGGUGAAGUAUGGCACUGUUCAGCUGUGCAGCUCCAAGUUGGAUUGAAGACUCCAGCCUACAAGGCUGGAAGGUGAUUGGCUCCGGAGGUUUCGGACAAGUCUACAAAGCCAGGCACCGUCAGUGGGGCUGCGAUGUGGCCAUCAAACUGCUUCAUUAUAAUGACGGGAACAGUACGUCUUUGCUGCGUGAGAUCGACAUGAUGCGUCAAGCAAGCAGUCCGCUUGUUAUUCAGGUCCGAGGGGUGUUCAGGGGUCAAGUGCCCAACUUUGGCCCGUCAACGCAUCUCGGCCUGGUCAUGGAGCUCAUGGAGAGAGGAUCACUGGCUUCCUUACAGCAAACUUUAGGUGGAGCACCACCCUGGCCGCUUGUCUUCAGACUGGCUCACCAAGUAGCUCUGGGAAUAAACUUCCUCCACAGUCUGUCCCCUCCCCUCCUCCACCUGGACCUGAAGCCCAGCAAUGUGCUGCUGGGGUCUUAUCUCGAUGCCAAGCUUACAGAUUUUGGCCUUGCCCGGUUUUACCACAGCAUUAAGCGGGUUUCCAAGACUGACAGCGAAGGGGAAGGAGGGACGCUCAGCUACAUGCCACCAGAAGCGUUUCACGCAUCAUACAACCCUACCCGAGCCUCUGAUAUCUACAGUUAUGGUAUUCUCUUAUGGUCCAUUGUCACAGGGAAACAACCAUAUGCACAUGCACAGUCCAGCAUAGUGCGGCUUCGCAUCCCGGAGGGAGACCGUCCAUCGCUGGAGGAGAUCAUGUGCCAUGCACAAGGGCUUGCAGGGCUGACAAGGUUGACUGAGCUCAUGAUGCAAUGCUGGGACACAAGACCCGAGCAAAGGCCCCUCGCUUUUAAGUGUACAACUGUGACGGAAGAACUGUAUAAGAUGCACAAACAUGCCAUCAAUGAUGCUGUCCAUCAAGUGGUGAAGCAACUAGACCAAAGGGAAGAAGAAAGGAUAACAGAGCAGGUUCAGCGGGGUCAAAUCACUCAGAAAUCAGAGGGUGAAUGUUUUCAAGAAGAGAACAUUUGCGAUAGCGUGCCGACAGGUCCGCCACCAGUACAGGAACGGGCUGACGUCCGGCCCGCGAAUCAAAGAGACCAAGUGAGAGUCAAAGAUCCGCAUUCAUUUCAACCUGUACACAUGCAUCAUGGUGACGUGAGACGCCCAUCAACAAACUACAAAGGGAAAAGCUCCUCUGGUAGCCCCAUUGGGUCGGCACCGUCGUCUCCUUCCUCUGGGAGGUCAUCUAAAGGCAGAACACAACCGCCGAAAAAUUCUCAGCUGGAUUCUAGAAAACAAAUGUCGCCACAGUACCAGCGUCAGUCUUCCAGCCCCGACACUCCUUCUCCUGCAUGGAGAAUCCAAAUGAACCUCAGCAAUGUAACCGGAUUUCAGCAGGGUAACAACAACACCAUGCACAUCCAAGUUUUGGACCCCCGAGAUAGGAAACGACAUCCAACAGCACCAUCUCGCCUCAACCUCCCGCAUAUAGGAAACUGGAGGGACAAGACAGGAGGCGUGGGCUGAGUUCACAAGCAGCUUUUUAGUUUUAAGUUCUCUAUUUUUUUCAUCACAGUUCUCCAUGCUUGGUUUUUCCUUUGUUGCAUAACAGGAAGGUUGUGUUUUGCCAGAGAGGCAUUUUCUAUUUUCUCUAUUUAAAUCUGUGCAGGAUUAAGAUGUUAAAAUAAUAUUUAAUAACGUUCCUUAUUUAGUUUGCUUCCUGAGUCUGGAUUUUUAAACCAAGGAGCAAAAACCUCACACCUUUACAUUUUUUUGCCCUGUCAGCACUGGUAGCCGUCAAUAAACACUGCCAAGUCUGGUCAUAUGGUUUUGCUUUUCCGCCAACUGUGGUCAACAAAAAAUAUCCAGAACUGCAGCGCCAGCUCACAUUCAGAUGCCAAAAAUCACCUGAACAACAGACGGACAAUUAAUCAAAAGGUCGAGAGAUAUAUAUAUAUUCUCUACUGUUUUUUUUUUUGGUUUGUUUGUUUUUUAAUUUAGCCUCAAUGCCAGGUGCACACAUUAAUGUUUUUUGAUCAUGUGACUGAUCAUCAAUCUGUACUGUAUGUUUUAGACAGUGCAAAUGUUCUUUGUACUCAGUGCAUUAAUAUAGUGUCAUUUAUACCUAUGUGUCCUUGUGUGGCUGUACUUUUAACAUCCAACGUUAAACAUUUUAUAUUCCUUUUAAAUUAUUUUUUAAGACAUAUAUUUUUAAAAUGAACGUCUACAAUCAAACACAAGUUUGAAUUUUCACACGUGUGUAUAAAAUGAUUCACAAAAGACAUGCAGAUGAUGUAACGGUGCUGCUGUGAAAAGUUAGCAUCUCAGUAGAAGCAUGAUGUAGCUUCAAUGAAGUGCUGGAACAAGCAUGUAUGGAAAAUGUAUGUUAUAUUGCUUUGUAGAAUGCAAACAAACAUGAAUUUAAAGGAUAGGUCUGGGACAGUUUUAUGGGGUUUGUUCACAGUAACGAAAAUAUAAAAUAUCCCAAGACUAAUCCUUUCAACCUGAAGGUACUAAAUGGAACUACUGUAACUGAAACAUUAAGAAACAGAUUAAUAAUGAUGAUAUUAAUUAAAAAGUGCUGUUUUUGUAGAUUUAGAAUUCUUUAUAAAUGUUAUGUUUGUACUCAAAUGUUCUGGGAGUUGUAUUUAUGUUUUUACUUUGUCAUUUGGUCCAGUUGCAAAUUGAAAGUCUCAAUUCACAUCCCACACUCAGGGUUCCUUGAUGACUUAAUUUCAGUUUUUAUAUGUCAAAGAGUGAAUAUAAUAAAGCGAAUGCAUUAA